AUGGCAAGUUGGGAUGAGAAACUUCUUACAGCUGCAGAGAAGGGGAAUAUAAAAGAAGUAGAGUCAUGUGUAAAGAACAGAGCUAAUUUGGAAUGUAGAGAUUUAUAUGGAAUGACACCAUUAAUGUUGGCCGCUGAGGGAGGACACCUGGAGGUGGUGACGUACCUCAUCAGUCACGGCAGUCAAUUAGAGGCCAGAGACGGGGAUGGAAUGACACCAUUAAUGUUGGCCGCUGAGGGAGGACACCUGGAGGUGGUGACCUACCUCAUCAGUCACGGCAGUCAAUUAGAGGCCACAAACACCUUGUAUGGAGGAAGGACACCAUUAAUGUGGGCGGCUCAGGGAGGACACCUGGAGGUAGUGACGUACCUCGUCACUCACGGCAGUCAGUUAGAGGCCAGAGACACCGUGGAUGGAAUGACACCAUUAAUGUCGGCCGCUGUGGGAGGACACUUGGAGGUGGUGACGUUCCUCGUCAGUCGCGGCAGUCAGUUAGACGCUACAGACCUGGAUGGAGAAACAGCUUUACAUUAUGCUGCUCAGAAUGGAGGGAUUGAUACAACAAAAUGGUUAAUAGAUCAAGGAUGCAGUCCUUGGGUUAAAACAAAAAAGGGUCAGACUCCUUAUGAUAUGGUAACAAUGGAAAGCUAUGAUGAUUCUGAAAAGAAAAAGAAAAAGAAAGAAGUGAUGGACUUCCUUAAGACUGUCAUGUUAAAGACUCCAGAAGAAUACAAGAAAAAACGACAGUUAAAUCGUUUAACGGGUCAAGGUACCUACGAAUCUUUUGACAUGCGCUGUAUGGUGACUGGCCAGGUCGCGGUCGGAAAAUCGUCAUUAGUGAAGCUAUUAGUUGGGGAUGUGAUACCGGAAGGGAGGCAUUCUACAGAUGGAAUCUCUCUUCUCGAAGGUCGCUGUGGUCUAGAUAUCCAGACCAGAGAAUGGGUUCUCAUAAAUCCAGAAACUUAUAAUGCCAUGGAUGUUGUUUACAAUAAGGUGCUAAUGACUUCAAGAAAAGAAAAAGGAACAAAUGCAAGAGAAAAGUUAGACCAACACCAAUCAUCAGAUAUUAAUCCUUCUAGAAGUAAAGACGAUGACAUGGAUAAUCCAGGUGUCCUACACCAAUCAGAAGCUAUGGCAUUGCCUCUCCCAUCAAACACAUCAGAUAAUGUCUCAAACCAACCUCAAGCAGCCCUAACGUUAUCACCUGAGGCGUCCUCUAUUGUGCCUCUAUCACGACAGCAGUUGAAACAGAAAAUGAAAGCAAAGAUGACUAUAGAUGAAAUUAGAAGAAAAAUGGAAAAAGUCCUAAAGAGUGGAAAGUACAAGAUGAAAGUGGGACGACUUAUCUUCUGGGACUUUGGUGGACAGUAUGUGUAUUUUACAACACACCAGACCUUCAUGACCUACAGAGCUUUGUUUCUUGUUGUUUUUGAUGGAAGCCAAGGAUUAUAUGAGCAGGUUCCUGAUGUGUUGUGUUUUCCAGGGCAGCAUUUGACUCCAACUCCAGCAGUUUUUUUACAACACUGGGUCAACUGUAUCCUUACCUAUUGUAAGGCAGUAUAUACAGGUAUUCCAAAGAUCUUGUUUGUUGCUACUCAUAAAGACAAAGUACCAAAGGAAGAUAUUGAAACACGGCGUACAGAGUUAUAUAGUGGAGUAGAAGAGUUAUUUAAAGACCACGAAGGACGAGGACAUCUGGUGAUUGCCAACCAAAUAUUUAUCAAUGCCACAGACAAAACAGACCCAGAGAUCGAUGUCCUUAAGAAAGCAAUCACAGACCUUACCUUUCAACAUCCUUGUUGGGGAGAGGAAAUGCCCAAUGCAUCUGUUCCCCUUGAACUUGAGAUUGCUAACCUGGUUGUUAAGGGGAAACAAGUACUGUCAUUGAGAGAAGUUGAAGAAUUGAAUUCCAUCAGCAAGGUGUCUGUCUUAUCAAAUGAAGAGCUGAGAAAAUUUCUACAAUUUCACCACUCACUAGGGAAAUUAGUCUAUUUUGAUACCCCACAGUUGAAAGGUUAUGUGAUCAUCAGUCCGCUGCUUCUGGUCGAAGUGAUGAGAUCCUUUGUUACAGAUAUUGCCUUCUGGCCAAAGAAAGGCCUUAUUAGAAACACUUUCGAAAAGAUGUCAGAAAGUGGAAUAAUACAAAGAAAAGAUCUUUAUCUUAUUUGGGAACAAAAGCACUUCAAUAAGAUAUCACCCUACAAAGAGUUCAUAUUUGAUAUGCUUAUCCACCUUGAUAUUCUAUCAGAGCAGCGUAGAUAUGAUACUAAUACGGGAAGUCGGUUACCAGUGGAAAACUUCUUUGUUCCCUGUAUGCUCACUCAAAGAAAUGACACAAGAUUCAUGACCCACGAAUGCACACCAGAGAAAGCCAUUAGUCUAGCAUUUGUAUUCAAAGGGACAAUAAUACCACCAGCCUUACCAAAUCGUCUCAUUAGCGCAUGUCUCAGCAUGUGGGCUGUGAAGACAUAUGAAGAAAAACAACUCCUGUUUUCAGGAUUCGUUGGUUUAUCAUUCGAUAAAGCACAUGAUAUUGUAGUGUGUGUUGAAGGUAACAAGAUAUUGCUCUACAUAGUCCAUGAAACCUCCAAUGGACUGAUCGUGCCAGAUAUUGCCACUGGUAUCAAGGAAUGCAUGUAUACAACAUUGGAGAGAAUCUCAGAAUUCUAUAAGUCCACAGUCCAGGCCACAUCUAUCAGCCAAAAACUACCCUUCCACAUUGAAUAUGCAUGCUCUAGGUUAGAAUGCCAUAUAACUGAAGAGGCAGCACUCACGACUGAUGAAUGGAUCUGUAAUAAACACAAGAUUGUACAUACUAAAGAAAAGUGGAAUAUUUGGAAUCAAGAUCAGGAAAAAGAACAAUGUGAAGAGGACUGUCCAGGUUUACAAGAAGAUGCAUUGAUCCAGAUUCCAAGUGAUAUUGAACUACAGAGAUUUUCAUCGAGAUUUGACGAAACCACAAUACGAGAAUUGGCCAUACAUCUUGGAAUGGCUUUACAAGAAUGGGAUGAUCUUAAAAGUAAUAAUCCUAGAUGUGUUCAGAUUGUCAAGUAUAGAAUACUGGUCAACUGGAGAGAAAAAUGUUCAGGAACUUUCAAGAAUAUGUGGAAUGCUUUAACAAAGAUGAAAUUAACGACCCAUAUGCUCUGCCAAGUUAAAAGAACCAGAAAUAGACAGUGUGAUUUCAAUGAUGAGUACUUGGAUUUAAUUCCAACAGAUGAAAUAUUAGAUAAGCUGGCACAAGUAAUUGGUGAAGUAUCCUUCCAACUUGGGAUAGAAUUAGGAUUACCUGUAACAUCAUUAGAUAUAAUCCAGUACAAAAAUGGAUUAAAUUUAGUGGCAGAAUGUAAGGAAAUGUUAUUCCAAUGGAGGGAAGAUCAGAAAGUGAAGCCCACUAUAAGUGUUUUGGUUCAAGCCUUGGUAAAUGUAGGGAGAGGUGCUAGAUGUUUGGAGGAAAUCAUUAAAACAGUUGGAGUAAAGGAAUAUAUUCCACUUAAGGAAGUUGAAGAGGAGAAACAAGGAAAAUUUAAAACAUUUCUGCAAAAACUAAAUCCUUUUCAAUAGCAGAAACAGUACAAAAACAUUCAGUUGGCAUUACUUUCAUUAUUCCCUUGUCUUGGUUUUAGUAAAAAAAAAUAUGGACCACCAUUUCAUUGACAUUGUUCUUUAUGUUGGCUCCACAUUCAACAGAUUCAAGAUAACUUAACAUGGUUAAUUAGACUGUUCGAUUUAUACAGAAUAGCACAACACAGUCAAAAUAAGUUUAUUAAAUUUUCAUUGGGUUCCACAUCAGUUAUUCAAAGCAUACAGUUAAUGAAGAGUAUUAUGUUAGUAUGUCAGUCUUUGAUUAAAGUUUGAAGGUAACCAAUAAAUUUGUCAAACGUGAAAUUUUGACAGAAGCAUUGUAAAGUGUUAAUAAUAAGAGUGAAAUUUUGAAAAAAAAAUCUAACUUUAAUUUUUAUACGACCGCAAAAACUAAAAAAUUUUUGGUCGUAUAUAGGUAUGACGUGGCGUCGUCAUUGUCAUCGUCUUUGUCAUCGUCGUCCGAAGACAUUUGGUUUUCGCACUCUAACUUUAGUACAAGUGAAUAGAAAUCUUUGAAAUUUUAACAAAAGGUUUAUGACCACAAAAGGAAUGUUGGGAUUGAUUUUGGGACUUUUGGUCCCAACAGUUUAGGAAUUGGGGGCCAAAAAGGGCCCAAAUAAGCAUUUUUCUUGGUUUUCGCACAAUAACUUUAGUAUAAGUAAAUAGAAAUCUAUGAAAUUUUAACACAAGGUUUAUGACCACAAAAGGAAGGUUUGGAUUGAUUUUAGGAGUUUUGGUCUUAACAGUUUAGGAAUUAGAGUCCAAAAUUUAACUUUUUUGAUAUCAUCAAAAAUUGAAUUAUUGGGGUUCUUUGAUAUGCCAAAUCUAACCGUGUAUUUAGAUUCUUAAUUUUUAUUCCCGUUUUCAAAUUGGUCUACAUUAAGGUCCAAAGGGUCCAAAAUUAAACUUAGUUUGAUUUUAACAAAAAUUGAAUUCUUGGGGUUCUUUGAUAUGCUGAAUCUAAACAUGUACUUAGAUUUUUGUCGAGCCUUCGACUUUAGUAACUUUCUUAAACUAUACUGGAUUUUAACCAAACUUGGACAGAAGCUUGUUUAUGAUCAUAAGAUAGUAUCCAGAAGUAAAUUUUGUAAAAAUAAAAUUCCAUUUUUUCCGUAUUUUACUAUAAAUGGACUUAGUUUUUUUCUGCGGGGAAACAAUACAUUCACUCUGUGGUUAAAGUUUUUAAAAUUUUAAUAACUUUCUUAAACUAUCCUGGGUUUGUACCAAACUUGGACAGAAGCUUGUUUAUGAUCAUAAGAUUGUAUCCAGAAGUAAAGUUUGUAAAAAGAUUACUCCCUUUUUUCUGUAAUUUACUUUUAAAUGGACUUAGAUUUUCUUACAAUCAUAAAAUAGUAACAAGAGGAAUAUUUUUAUUGAUUUUUUUCCUCAUUGUCGUUGAGCCUGCGAUUUACAGCAAAAAUAGGCAAGACACUGGGUUCUGAGAACCCUUAUAAAUUUUUAUUACCAAUAAACAUCAGUUGUCUGAAGAUAAAAAUAAUCUUGAAGUAAGACGUGUCAUACAAAUAAUGAGCAGGAAUGGUGUAUACAAAUAAUGAGCAGGAAUGGUGUAUACAAAUAAUGAGCAGGAAUGGUGUAUAUAUCUUAUUUGUUUACUGCAGUAAUGUUGUAGAUUGUAUCCUCAUUUUCGUGGUUCAGUUGUCAAAGUUAAGUUUUGUGUUUUGGUCUUUUUUUCUAAUACUAUAUGCAAUAGGUCAACUAUAUGUGGUGUAUGGAAAUGUUUAUGAUCUAUAUGUCAGUCGGGCAGGUUUUAUUUGACCUUGACCUCAUUUUCAUGGUUCAUUGCUCAGUGUUAAGUUUUAGUAUUUUGGUCUGAUUUUCUUAAACUAUAAGCAAAAGGUAAGCUAUUGUUGUUGUAUGGAAAAUUUGUUAGCUGUACAUGUCUGCCUGGUAUGGUUCUUCUGACCUUGACCUCAUUUUCAUGGUUGAUUGGUCAAUGUUUAGUUUUCUUGGUUAAUGUUAAGUUUAUGUGACAGUUGUAAUAAAGCUUUAUAUAUAAGACUUUCAAUAUAAUAUCAAUGAUUAGUAAAGAA